AUGCUGAGUUAUAAUGUAUUUAUACACAACUGAACAGCAUGGGUCAAUGAAAUAAAAAAUGAAUCAAGCAAAAGACCAGUUAACAAAUGUUUACUUUAGUAAACACAUACAUCAGUAGUUACUAUGGGAACUGGAAGUUCUUUUAUGCAAGAGGAAGAUGGUGAUCUCAUUAGUGAUAAUGGUGUCAUUAAACGCAUCCCAAUUGAGGUCAAACCACGUAGAACGUUGAGAGGGUCAAUACGAAAUGGACCCUCAUUUAUACGCCGUAAUAAGGGAUCGAGUCUUCGAUCUGCUCUUUCAGUGGAUCUGGAGAAUACAGAAGUAGAGAAGAUUAGGAAGGAGUUUGAAAUGUACAAGAUUAGUAAUCAGAAUGAAACUUCUGAGCUACAGAAAAAACAACAGAAGCUGGAGAGUGAAAACCGGCGCCUUCGAGCAGAACUUCAGGCAUUACAGAAAACAUGUGCCAAGCUACGCUAUGAGAGAGAUAUGGCUCUUGAUGCAGAGUACCAGGCAUUACAAAGAGCUGCUACUUUUGAGAAUGAACGAGACAAAGUACAAAGACAAUUCAAGGUAAGAGACCCUAACAAAUUAAGUAUGUUAUUACUGUACACAAGUUGGGAAGGGCUUCAACAUGAACUGUGUAAAUCACGCCAAGGGGAAGCACAGCAAUUGAAGAAUAUGGUGAAAGAGAGUGGUAAAGCCAAAGUGAUUGAUAACUAUGAGAAUCCAUUAAGGGGAACAAAACAAGCAUAUGUAGAGCUAGAAAGGAUUGUUAAAUUGGAACUUGGUAUAGAGCUUACAGAGAGUAAAGAUGAAGGUUAUAAUGAAGAUAUUGAUUCAUGUAGUGGUACAUAUUGGGAUUCACAUAAUGAUUAUGAACAUUUAGAGGCAUUUAGUCGUGCUUCCUUUGCUACAUGUGACUUAGGGUCAGAAAAGCAUUAUGGUCAGCUGAAUGACUAUGUAUCAGCUGCUGGACCACUACCACCAUUACUAAUUAGUGGGAGUCCUGGUUCUGGUAAAUCAUUAUUGCUAGCCAAGUGGAUUAGUACGCUGAACAACAAACAUGCAAGUACGCUAGUAUUGUAUCAUUUUGUUGGAGGUCAACAAACUAUAAGUGCUGAUCCAGUACAUAUGACAAGACGACUGACAGCGCAGUUGAUGCAGCAUGUGACAACACCUCCACCUUUAACAUGUGAUCCCAGUAGACUUCUUGAAGAGUUUCCUAAAUGGUUAGAGAAAGUAUCAGCCAGGUUACCAGGUGGUGUAGUACUUGCCAUUGAUGCCAUAGAUAAUCUUCAGAAUGCUGAGACAAAUCUGAAAUGGUUAUUAGAUCCUUUAGCAGUUGAUACAAGGGUGGUUGUAUCUGUAGAUAUGGACAACUGUCCUAGUGCUUGGAGAUCCUGGCCAACCAUUCACUUGGAGCCUUUCUCAUCCAAACAAGUGAAGGAGCUUUUACUUGCUUUAUCAGGAGUUUUCAACUUCAAACUUUCUAGUGAACAUGAAUCUCGGAUUCUGGCGCAUUGUCGUACACCCAGUACCAGGAAUCCUCUCUAUCUUAAUGUACUUAUGGAUGAAAUGGUGAAAGGAUGUAGCAGUAAAACAGUCAAAGAAAGACUGGAUGCAUGUCUCAAGUAUCCAGAUGUUGUAGAGUUAUAUAGACAUGUCAUGGAAUCAUUGGAAAUCCAAAGAGAAGAUGCUACUCGUAAAGGGAUGUUCAAAAAGGUUAUGCAGUUUAUUUAUGCUUCAAGGAAUGGUCUAUCUGAGUGUGAGAUAAUGAAGAUACUUCCAGACCUUACAUGGUCAUUCUGGUCACCAAUUAAUUUUACAUUACAAGACAGACAUAUUCUUACUUGUAAAUCAGGGUUAUUAACAUUUGAGCAUGAACAGGCCAGAGAAGCAGUACAGCUAAGUUACUGCUCUGGUAUUUUUCAAAAAGAGUUGUUAUUUGCCAGGAAGAAGUUAAUAGACUUUUACUCUAUGUCUUUACAACCUGGUCUUAUUACCUGGAGAGUUGUUGAUGAACUUCCUUGGUUGAUUCAGAGUACUUCCAACAAAGAAGAGUUAACAAAGUGUAUUAGUAACCUGUGUGUAUUCAGAAAGUUGUACACUAGAGGGCGCUGUGCUGAAUUGAUAAGAUAUUGGCAAUAUGUAGGUGCUGAUAAAACUACCAUGGCAACUGCUUAUUUAAAUACUAUUAAAAAAUGUGAAGAAAUGAUUGGUGGAUUAAUUACUUUACCAAGGAUUGCUGAAAUCUAUGAAACUCUUGGAAGAUUUUUAAAAGAUCUUGGAUUACUUAAAGAAGCUAUAGCUCCUCUUCAGAAAGCUCUUGAGAUUUAUGAAUCAUUGGAUCCAGACCAUCCCAGUGUUGCUGGUGCCUUGUAUCAGCUUGCAGGACUUCAUGCACAGUGGAAUAAAUUUGUUACUGCAGAAGCACUUUAUAAACAGUCACUAGAAAUCAGUGAGAAUGCUUAUGGAUGUGAUCAUCAGAAUGUAGCAAAAAUACUGGAUGCCAUGGUUGUAUUGUACCAGAAACAAGAAAAGACUGCUGAAGCUUAUUUCAAGAAAGCCUUAGACAUGAGAGUAUCUGUAUCAGGAUGUGAUCACACAGAUGUAGCACAAUCUCUAAAUAACUUAGCUGCUUUAUACAAUGAUAGAAAAGAAUACAGUAAAGCAGAACCUUUAUAUGAAAGAGCUUUGGAAAUAAGACAGAAAUCAUAUCCAGUCGAUCACCCCAGUGUUGCAUCAACUAUCAAGCACCUUGCUGUCUUAUAUAAGAAACAGGGUAAAUUUGGUAAAGCAGAACCACUUUACAGACAAGCUGUUGGUAUUCGUGAAAAGUCAUUUGGUGUUGCCCAUCCCAGUGUAGCUACAGCUCUGGUUAAUUUAGCUGUACUCUACUGUGAACAGAAUAAACAGGACGAAGCACUGCCACUGUAUGAAAGGGCAUUACAUAUUUACGAAGAUACACUGGGUGCCAAUCAUGUUAGAGUUGCUGAGACAUUACGUAAUCUGGCUGUGUUAAGAUAUGAACAGAGUGAUUUUGAAACGGCUGCCAAGUUGUACAAAAGAUCUACAGAAAUCAAAGAAAUGGAACAAGCAUUUGGUAAUAAAGCACCGUCCAGGAAGUCGUCUAUUGGUGGAGUCUCUACUGUCAGAAAUCUGCUUAGUCCACACCUAUAUUAUGCAGAGCAGCAAUAA